CCGAGAAAUGUCCGAACGAAAUUUUUUGUUCAUAUGAGUUCUAUCAAAAAUUUUCGCUAACUGUUUCAAAAUAUCCACGUGACUUUAUUGAUUAUAAUCGAACUUCAAUUCCUUCUGAAGAAGCUGAGAACGGUUCCAACCGACCUGACCCGGAUUUCCUCAGAAGAACAAAGAGUCCAACCGAUGAAUACAGCGAUGAAUCGUUAUAUUGCACGCCGAAACGCAUGAGCGAAAUAUUUGAAGGAGCUGCCAGCAGAGGACACUCUGCCCAUGAUCUUCGUUGGAUAGAUAUUACCAAAUUUUCGGGGGGGCUGACGAAAAUAAAAAAAAUUCAAGAUGGCGAAAAUGCAGAUGAUGCGCAGAUCACUCCGAGGACCACCGCUUCGACGAUCGUAAACAACUUGCGAGAGAAAGUGUUGUCCAUCGCAGUUGAUGAGAAAUCAUUAUUGAGUGACACGACUCGCAUUCCUUCUCCAAGGACCCAAGGUAGAACCUCUUCUAUCGGCACUUGGUCGAGUUCACCAAAGAUUAAGAGCGUCAGCAUGCGGACUCUGUCGGAUGCUCGUCACAUUGAUCUUGAUGAAAGGGAACAGACUAAUAUUAAAAAAAGAUUUUCAAGAGCUCGGACGCCGCCGCUGACGCCUCCCCCAACAACGCCUCCAUUAACAACGCCGCCGUUAACACCGCCUCCAAUGACACCCCCGGUGACGCCGCUCCCAGUAUUGUCACAAAAAGGUAGCAUACAUACGGUGCAUGCGAUGGAAAGAAAACCAUCAAAGUCAGGAAUUGGGCGAUCUCUUUUAAAGCGAACGGUUGUAGUAAAACGAAAUGGCGCCACCAUCAGGAAAGUCCCAAGGCGACGGUUACCUAUGGAAGCUUCGGCAACUUCAAAUCCUGCGACAAGCAAUGAUCCAACGGACAUGGAAGCCGAUCAUCUGCCUUUAAGGGUGAAGGGACUUCCUUGGCUCCCCGGACCUCCCCGUCCACCAAAACUUCUCCAUGCCUCCCUCGUACCCCUACCACAUCACAUCCAACAAUCCACUCUGCAAAAAUCUAACUCUAAUUCCAAUUCUACGCCAUUGUUGCUACAUGCCAACAAAAAUUUAAAUGAAAAAAUUGACCCCAAGGCUGGAAAUCGAGCCUCUCAAAUAUUUCGACGUAAAUUGUUGGAACAAAGUAUAUCAAUGUCGUUCGGUGGCCGUUUACAACCUCCACAAAGACAACCUAAACGUCGAAAAACAAGAAAGGGGAGUAAUGCAAAUUUGGAAGAACGGAGACUAAGACGAGAACGGAAGAGGAAGGAACAAAACGCAGCGAACUUCAGGAAUGAUAAUUCAGAAAAGGUGAAACGACAUGAUGAAGAAUCUAUGAUCAAGAAGAACAUGAAUCAACAUUUUCUAAAGUCUCCAAGGUCAAAUGCUAAUCGAAGAACGAAAAGUAAUUCUGCCCGUCGAGCUGAAAGGAAAUCAAAAUAUCCAUACACGUCCGGUAGCAUAUCAGACUCACCAUUUCCAAAGCAUUUAUCCUCACGAAAAACAUCACAGAAAAAUCGACAGCCAAGGAUACCCAAAAAGUUCACAACACCUCCAGGACCCCCACUCAUCUCGAUGACGCCAGGGACAUUGUCUCCGACCGAAGGAUAUAACUUUUUCGCUGAUUUUGAUGAUACGAUGGUCGAAAGAAAAUUUUCAGUGGACAGUGCUACCCUCGGACAUUCCCAUUCGCUCGUGACGAACUCAACGUCGCCUGUUGCGUCUCCGAAAUCACAAAAGCAUAGUUUUUUUAGUAUAUUCGGCAAGCGCGAUCACAAUAAAUCAUCGGCGUCCACAGUACCGUCCCCGACCACUCCAAGAUCAAUGCAUUUCGGACUUUCGCCACUGUCACCGCGAUCACCGCGAUCACCAACGAGAUCUUCGAAUGUCUCUCCAUCACGAUCGGUAUCACCAGUUUCACGACCUGCCAGCCCGCUAAAAAGUCCCGGAAGGUCGCGCAACAAUUCGGAACCCCUGAAUGCACAUAACAAAGAAAUGACCGAAUUCGAAAAAGCCGAAAGGUUACGAAAGGAGCAAAACCUAGAGAACAUAAUCGCGCAAGUGGAGUUUGAAAAAAGGAGACCUAAUAGCAAGAUGAAGGCGAUAAAAUCUGCCCUCAUAGCAACAACCACGUCAUGCACAUUGCCAGUGUCACCGGUGACCUGCGCAGUAAGAAAUUUCAACUCUCCAUCCAGUGAUUUGAUAUCAAGAAUCGAUCCGUCUCUGGAAGAUGAAGGCAGUGUGUGCGAGAGUUUUUCAUAUCGCGGGGAAAGUUCGAGGGGCCCAGGACACAUGACUGAAGGCGUACGGUCAAACAAAUAUGGUUCCAAUGAUGGAGUGGUCAUAAAAAUGACAUUAACGCCACCUCUACUUCAAUAA